AUGGUGCUUUUGGAACGAGUUGUAAAGAAGAGUGGAAGGAAAAUUGCCAUCCGAGUGUUGCAACGUAUUGGACGUGGAUUUGUUCUAAGCAUCCCGUUACUAGGAGGAUUAUUAGCAGUGAUUAGUUCUCGAAAUGAUUAUCAAAGAUCUUUAAAAGAAAGAAAACAAAAUAAUCAAAGGGUUGAAGUUCACAAAGAAAACAGCAAUGACUCAAAAUUGCACCUCCAAAAGAUGGCUCCAUACAAAUACUUUUUAAUUUCGAGCAUGUUCAAUGGUUUGGAUGCAGUUUUGAACUGUGGAAUGCUUUAUUUCAUGAUACAGCAGCGGAAUAAGGCAGUGCGAGCAUCAGACGACGAUGUGCAUGAUCACUCGGGAUCUAUCUUUGACAUCGUUCAUCAAUUGCACAACGCUCUCGUGAGUCAUACAUUGGAAAAUGAAACAAUAAUUGCCAUGUUAGAGGUGGGAUCCAUUGCUUCUGCUAUUACAGCUACGUGUGUGGCAAUUUUAGGAGAAGUGGUAUCAACACAAACAAAAAUUAAUGAGAAAUUGGAAAAACAAUUGUAA